UUGCUUGACUCAGGUGCAUUGAGACAUAUGUCAUCCUAUCAUGAUCUGUUCCAAGAUUUCGUCAACAUCAUGCUGAAACACAUUACAACCACUGACAAACACACCUUCAAGGCCACUGGCAAAGGGAAUAUUAUGAUUACACUGCCAAAUGCAAGUCAAGCAUGUGAAUACUCCUCAAAGAUGUCCUAUAUGCACCGAAGAUGGGCAUAA